GUCCCCGUCAUGUCGGGCUUCACAACCCCUCUCGGCGAUGAUACUCACAAGAAACGCGUCUGCUAUUUCUUCGAUUCUGAUAUCGGAGGAUUUCACUAUGGACCUGGUCAUCCGAUGAAACCCACCCGUAUACGGAUGUGCCAUUCGCUGGUUAUGAACUAUGGUUUGUACAAGAGGAUGGAGAUAUUUCGUGCAAAACCUGCAACAAAACGCGAGAUGACGCAGUUCCAUUCAGAUGAAUAUGUUGACUUCCUCAGUCGCAUAACACCUAGCAACAUGAACUCCUACAUCAAGGAGCAACACAAGUACAAUGUUGGAGAUGACUGCCCUGUAUUUGAUGGUCUCUUCGACUACUGCUCAAUCUCGGCUGGUGGUUCGAUGGAGGGCGCGGCCCGGUUAAGCAGAGACAAAUGCGACAUAGCUAUUAACUGGGCAGGCGGCUUACAUCACGCUAAGAAGAGUGAAGCCAGCGGGUUCUGCUAUGUGAACGACAUUGUUCUCGGCAUACUUGAGCUCCUCAGAUACCACACCCGGGUUCUCUACAUCGACAUAGAUGUGCACCACGGCGACGGCGUAGAGGAAGCAUUCUACACUACCGAUCGGGUCAUGACUGUCAGCUUCCACAAGUACGGCGAGUUCUUCCCAGGAACAGGAGAGCUGCGCGAUGUUGGUAUUGGCAAGGGGAAGGGCUACUCUCUCAACUUCCCACUACGGGAUGGUAUUACUGACGAGAGCUACAAGUCAAUAUUUGAACCAGUAAUUCAACAAGUCAUGGAUAACUUCGACCCUUCAGCGAUCGUCCUUCAAUGCGGCACUGACUCAUUAUCGGGGGAUAAAAUUGGCUGUUUAAACUUGUCUAUGCGAGGGCACGGUAAUUGCGUCAAGUUUGUCAAGUCGUUCAAUAAACCAUUACUGCUCCUCGGAGGUGGCGGAUAUACGAUGAGAAAUGUCAGCCGCGCAUGGGCUUACGAAACAGGACUUGCCGCAGGAGUUGAACUUGGACCAGAAAUCCCGGUCAACGAGUAUUACGAAUACUUCGGUCCCAACUAUGAGCUUGACGUCAAAUCUUCGAACAUGGAAGACAUGAACACCCCGGAGUAUUUGGACAGAGUCAAGAAUAUCGUGUUCGAGAAUCUACGGCACCUUGGUGGGCCGCCCAGCGUGCAGAUGUCAGAUAUCCCCAAGCUACCGAUUGACGAUGCUAUAGACGAUGUUAGUAGAGACUUCGACAUGCUUCCGCCGGACGAGCGGCGGCCAAUGCGUUUGCUCGACUCAAUGAGACAGGCAGACGGUGAACUUUCCGACUCGGAAGACGAGGGCGAGGGUGGUCGAAGGGACCACGCAAGCCACAAGGAACGCAAACGGGGGAGUAGAAGUCCCUCGAGCGGCACAGAAGAUGUUGGGGGACGGAAAUUUGGGAUCGGCACGGGUAUCUUAUCGUCAGGUCCUGGGACCCACGGCGCCGGGCCCAGCGGACACACGACCGUGGUGCCGCAGAACCUCGGUGCAACAUCCAUGGAUGUGGACGACAUGCCCUCGAACACAGAACGACAACCAACUCCGGCAGAUGUAUCGGUCACAAACGGAGCCCAGGGUACUGCGGAAGCCGAAAUUACAGCAUCGGCAACAACUACGAAUGGCAUCGCGAUGAUGGAGGACGAAAAGCCAGCGGCUGGACAACCUGAGAGCUGAUUGUUUACCUCCCAAUGUCUAUAUUCACAUUACAAUAGUAACUACUGCUGUCAUAUCACAAACACCUGCG